GUUUAGAUGGCGCUUCUGCUCUUCCGGGCCAUGACUACUUCCUUUCUUUAACAAUCCAACAUGGGACGCAUGCACAAUCCAGGGAAGGGUAUUUCUAAAAGUGCCCUACCAUACAGAAGAACAGUACCAGUUUGGCUGAAACUACCCGCUGACGACGUAGAAGAACAGAUAUACAAAUUGGCUAAAAAGGGCCUGACACCCUCUCAAAUUGGUGUUAUCCUAAGGGAUUCACAUGGUGUUGCCCAAGUUCGCUUUGUCACUGGAAACAAAAUUUUGCGAAUUUUAAAAAAGAAGGGUCUCGCUGCUAGUCUGCCAGAAGAUCUGUACAGUUUGAUCAAGAAAGCUGUCAAUAUUCGUAAACAUUUGGAACGCAGUAGGAAGGACAAAGAUGCAAAAUACAGGCUUAUUUUGGUUGAAUCUAGGAUUCAUCGUUUAGCUCGUUAUUACAAAACUAAAAAAGUUUUGCCUCCUACCUGGAAAUAUGAAUCCUCUACUGCUUCUGCUUUGGUUGCUUAACUGUUACAGGAUUGUCUUCAUGUCAAUAAAGUGAUCCUUUUAGUGAA